GGAGAAUCCGAUGAAUUGGUCGACGGGGAGGAAGACGUUUGUGUUUUUUCAGAUUUGUCUUUUGACUUUUGCUGUAUACAGCGGGUCGGCUAUCAUCAGCCCGGCGCAACCUACGUUUGUCGAGAUAUUUGGUAUCUCUUCGCAGGCGUCUACUCUGGUAAUGUCGAUGUUUGUGCUUGGAUAUGGAAUCGGUCCCCUGUUCUUCAGCCCUCUAUCCGAAGUCCCUCGAGUGGGCCGCAACAUCCCCUACAUGACAUCCUUCUUCCUCUUCAUCCUAAUGACAGUAGCCGCAAGUCGCGUAUCAAACUACCCCGGUCUAGUCGUCCUGCGAUUCCUCCAAGGUUUUCUCGGUGGCCCCGUUCUCGCAACCGGCGGGGCAUCAGCCGCCGACAUCUUCGGUUUUCUCAAAAUCCCAUACGCACUAACUUUCUGGACCUGCGCCGCCUACGGGGGCCCAGCCCUCGGUCCUCUGCUCUCGGGCUUCUCCGUGACAAAUAGCACCUGGAGAUGGUCCAUGUACGAGCUGCUGAUACUGAGCGGCGCUACCUUCGUGCUGCUGUUCUUCUGUCUCCCCGAGACUAACCCAGAGACCAUCCUCCUCCUCCGGGCUCGCCGUCUGCGAAUGCUCACCGGUAAUUUGAAGCUACGCUCCCAGUCCGAGAUCAAGCAGGAGGGGAUCCACAUCAUGCAUAUUCUAGCCCGCUACCUCACGACGCCUUUCCGCGUGACGAUCCAAGACCCAUCCAUCGCCUUUAUCAACGUGUACACGGCUCUCAUCUACGGAAUCUACUACUCAUUCUUCGAAUCCUUCCCCCUGGUAUACGUCAACAUGCACGGAUUCUCCAUGGGCAUGAUGGGCGUCGUCUUCCUCUGCCUCAUCAUAGCUUGCAUAAUCGGCGCAUCCGCCUAUCUCCUCCUCGUAUGGCUCGUCUACGAGCCCUACACCAUGAGAGUGGGGAUCGGAAUGCCCGAACAUCGCCUGCUACCGGGUGUCUUCACCGCUGCUCUAGCCCCAGCCGGGUUAUUCAUCUUUGCGUGGACGUCCCGGCCGGAUAUCCACUGGAUUGCGCCGACUAUCGGAAUUCUCGCAAGCGUCAUAUUCAUCUACCUCCCCACCAGCUAUCCCCGCUACGCAGCCAGUCUAUUCGCAGCAAACACCUUCUUCCGCAGCAUCCUAGCCUCCACAGCCAUCCACUUCUCGCAGCCUCUGUUCCAGCAUCUCGGGAUUGGACGGGGGUGCAGUGUGCUAGGCGGCUUGACAGCGGGCUGUUUCCUGGGUGUCGUGGCUUUGUGGCGUUUUGGACCUAGUCUGCGGGCGAGGAGUCGGUUUGCGGAGUCUUAUUGA